AAAAAACUCCCUCUCUGCUUUGUCCUCCCCGUUCUCCUCUAACAGUCUAACCAGUAACUACCUUACUACUUCCUGCCUGGACCAGAGAAUGUUAGUUGGAAAAGCCAAACAGGUCGGUUUUCAUCGCUUAUAAGAGCUCCCACUGAACCUUCUCUCAUUUUAUCUCUCUGUCCAAAUCCCAACAAGAAAACAAAAAACCAAAAGAAAUGGGGAGAAAUCUCUCUUUUAUGUUUCUCUCUCUUCUCCUUCUUCAUUCUUCCCUCUCUUCUGCAUCGGUUCCUAAUGAUCUUCGCCUUCCUUCCACUGCAAAGUUCCCAACAAUACAAGCAGAAAAGUUAAUCCGGGAUCUUAACCUCUUCCCUAAGGAUGCCGUUGACGUGGUUGGUGACUCUUCGGUUGCUCCGAAGCUCGUCGAGAGAAGGUUUAGCUUCCCAAAUCUUGCUGACCCUAGCGUUUCCUUGGACGAUCUCGGUCACCAUGCUGGAUACUAUCGGCUUCAGCACUCUCACGCCGCCAGGAUGUUCUACCUUUUGUUCGAGUCGAGGAACAGCAAGAAAGAUCCUGUUGUCAUAUGGUUGACUGGAGGGCCAGGUUGUAGCAGUGAAUUGGCUGUUUUCUAUGAAAAUGGGCCUUUCACCAUUGCAAAGAACUUGUCACUUGUCUGGAAUGAGUAUGGCUGGGACAAGACAUCAAACCUUCUAUAUGUUGAUCAGCCUACUGGAACUGGUUUUAGUUAUAGUUCUGAUAGACGUGACCUCCGCCACAAUGAAGAGGGUGUAAGCAACGAUCUAUAUGAUUUCAUGCAGGCAUUCUUUUCUGAGCAUCCUGAGUUUGUGAAGAAUGACUUUUACAUAACUGGAGAAUCAUAUGCUGGGCACUACAUUCCUGCUUUUGCUUCUCGAGUUCACCAAGGAAACAAAGCAAAAGAAGGGAUCCAUAUUAAUCUGAAGGGAUUUGCCAUUGGAAACGGACUUACUGAUCCUGCAAUCCAGUACCAAGCAUACACAGAUUAUGCUUUGGAAAUGGGAAUUAUUAAGGAAGCUGACUACAAGAAUAUUAACAAGAUGCUACCAGCAUGUGAACUGGCAAUAAAACUUUGCGGCACCAAUGGUAAAAUCUCGUGCAUGGCAUCAUAUCUUGUUUGCAAUACCAUAUUCAGUAAGAUCAUGGGGCUCGCUGGUGAUACAAAUUAUUAUGAUAUCAGAAAAAAGUGUGAGGGGAGCCUCUGCUAUGAUUUCUCAAACAUGGAGAAAUUCCUGAACCAGAAGUCUGUAAGGGAUUCCCUUGGAGUUGGGGACAUUGAAUUUGUCUCAUGUAGCCCUACCGUAUACCAGGCAAUGUUGAUGGACUGGAUGAGAAAUCUAGAAGUUGGUAUCCCUGCUCUUCUGGAGGAUGGAGUGAAGUUACUUGUAUAUGCCGGAGAGUAUGAUCUGAUAUGCAACUGGCUUGGGAACUCUAGGUGGGUCCAUGCCAUGGAAUGGUCUGGUCAGAAAGCUUUUGUAGCAUCCCCAACUGUUCCAUUUUUGGUCAAUGGUACAGAAGCAGGCCAAUUGAAGAGCUACGGGCCUCUCAGUUUCCUCAAGGUUCAUGAUGCCGGUCACAUGGUUCCUAUGGAUCAACCCAAGGCUGCAUUGGUGAUGCUGAAGAGGUGGAUGCAGGACAACCUUUCUGAGGCACCAGAGAAUGGGGUUGCUGACAUGUGAUGCCCAUGACCUCAACCAUGAUAGUUGCUGCCACUAGUGCCUCUUUAAUGUUGGCGUCUUCUGUAUGGCUUUAGAGAUGGUGUUGUGGUCUUGGUCUGGAUGCAAGCGUCAUAUUUGCUCCUCCCCUCAAAGGGCUUGUGAAUAUUUUGCCCAAAACACUAGGGUAUCUGAUCUUCUUCUGUGGCUGCGGUCUGCCGGGGAAGUUAGCUGGUUUUAAAGGAUUAUAAUUCAAUAGGGUAUAAAGAGUGUGAUGGUCCAAUACUUGUAGUUUCUAUCCUGUUACACUGGAAUGAGUAAGGCUGGCAAACUUUGCUAAUUUCACA